AUGGAUUCUGGAACCCUUCUCUUGUUGCUCUCGGGGGCCCUGGUCAUGACCCUGACCCGGACCUGGGCCUCGCCCCCUGCUCCUCCCCGGCCGACAGCUGACCUGGGACACGCGUCCUCCCCGCCCGCAGGCCCCCACAACCUGAGAAUUUCCAGCACCUUCGUGUCCGGACAGGGCAGCGGGAAGGACCGGUACAUCGCGCAGCCGCUGGUGGAGCAGGAGGAUCCACAUUUGUGGGAGGAGCAGACAUGUGUUUGCAAUGGUAAAGAACACACUUUCCAAGCGGCCCUGAACAACCUGCGCGCCUACUACAACCAGAGCGAGGAUGUGGGAGGCACUAAGAGGGGAGGGUCCGACCUCCUGUUUGGGGUCAGUGUCCCACACCCACCAGGAAGUGACUGGCUGCCUCAUGGGAUCGGACUGGAGCUGGACUGGAGCUUCCUCCGCGGAUACACUCAGGUCGCCUCUGACGGCACCAACUACGCCCUGAACCGGGACCUGGGCUCCUUGACAGUGACCGACACCUCAGCUGAGAUCACGUGGCGCAAUUUGAUACCGAACCUUGAUGUAGACUCCUGGAGGUUCCACGUGGAGGACUUGUGCCUGCGCUGGUUACAAAAGGGGAAGGAGACGCUGCUCCGAGCAGACCCUCCAAAGACACACGUGACCCACCACCCCACCUCUGACCAUGAGGUCACCCUGAGGUGCUGGGCCCUGGGCUUCUACCCUGUGGACAUCACCCUGACCUGGCAGCAUGAAGGGGAGGACCUGACCCAGGACAUGGAGCUUGUGGAGACCAGGCCUGCGGGGGAUGGGACCUUCCAGACAUGGGCAGCUGUGGUCGUGCCCCCUGGAGAGGAGCAGAGAUACACAUGCCAUGUGCAGCACCAGGGGCUGCCCCAGCCCCUGACCCUGAGAUGGGACCCCCCUCCUCAGACCACCAUCACCGUCGUGGGCAUCAGUGCAGCCCUGGGUCUCCUUGGAGUUGUGGUCACUGGAGCUGUGCUGUGGAGGAGGAAGAGCUCAGGCAGAGGCAAGGAGAACAACACUCAAGCUGCCUGAGUCACCCCAAGCUUCCAGGCGCCCCUUUUAUAGACCUCAGGAUUGUCUGUGUGGAGUCAGAGAGCUGACCAAUCAGACGGAAAAGCCGCAGACCAGACCUGAGGUGUGAGCAGCAAGAGCUGUGGGACUAGAACCCACAGGAAGACCAGCCUGGAUCACAGGGAUGACAGUGUGAGGGACUUGGGGACAGAGCCCUGAGAAGAGAAGGUGCUGAAGGAAGCGGCCCAGUGGGAAAUGCUGUGACUGGAGCCCCUGGCUGACAACGUGACUCUAAGUCAGCUCCUCCACAGGGAACUGGGGGCACUUUCUCUGCCUCCUGCCCGAUGCUCCUGAGGGCAUCUCAGUAAUGACCAUCUCUGUCCCCGCAUCCAGAUGUGCCUGAGGCUGCCAUCUUGUGGUCAUGUCCUGUGUCAUGUUCAUUGUCCCUGUGGUGUGGUCCAGCCUCUCCCUGGUGCUUCACCUGCACAGACACCACCAGAGACUGCAGCACAAUCACACCCUGGCAACCGGCACCAGUGCCCUCCAGAGACCAGAGCCACCCACACCGUCCUGAUGCUGGUGGUCACCUCUGUCAGCUCCCAUGUGCUCAGUUCCUAUUUCACUUUUUACAUCACUGUGUGAGUGGGUUCUCAUCUCUGGUGGGUGCAGACCUCCCCUAGUUGACUUCUUGUUCUCCUGCCCUUCACCCCUCACUGCAGAUGCUCAGGGAUCCUAGAGCUGCAGGGGUCAUGAACUGUUGGAAGUGACCCUUGACUAUCUAAUCUGUGGGUGUCUGUGUUUAUAAUAUUCUUAGUUACACUGUUUAGUGAUCUUUCACUGAAUGCCAAUGUUGUACAUAAAAUCGACCAUGACCUUUAUUUUUAAAUUCAAAUAUAGUUGACACACAACCUUGUGUAAG